AUGGUUUUGUCAAAUUGUGACAUUCAGUCACUUGCAAAAUCGACAGCUGCAUUGUCUCAAACUUUGGCACAUGCAGUUCAAGCAAAAACUACAAAUGCUAAUUCGCAAGUUCAGGUGAAUACUAUCAGACAUCUAUCUGAUGGUACACUUGCUCUCGAUUAUCAAUGUACAGCUGUGGCUGAUCUAGAGGCAGCGAAAAUGGCCUUAAACAACGCUGUCCAAAGAGAUGAUAUCAAGAAUGCGAUUGCUCUGCGGACAAUUGUUGUUGCAUCUGAAGCAGGCGAAAAAAGCCAACAGAAUAAAAGCCUGUAUACUGCAUCCGAACCAGCAUUCAAACCAUCGAAACUAGGUGAAUCGGAAUCGACUGACAGUGAUGCCAAACAGGGAGAAUUCGAAGCGCCGAAACAACCUGCAUCUCCGUCGCCUAAAAGUGACGUCAACCACGAAAUCACCAGAGGACCCAACCGACGUGAAGGUGACCAGUCAGGAGGUGAACAAAUGCGUGAAGCAUCCAAAGCACCUGGACCAGCUGAAUAUGGUAACCCAGGAGAUGAUCACAAGGGAGGACCGUUGAGUGGACCCAAACCAAGUGAUGCUCGCCACCCUGGGGAUGAUCACAACGAAGGACCACCGAAUGGACCUAAACUAAGUGUUGCUGGGCGUCCAGGAGAUGACCACCAGGGAGAACCGGCGAAGGGACCAAAACCACUUGAUGCUGGACACCCAGGAGAUGACCACAAGGGAGUACCACCAAAUGGACCAAAACUAGUAGCAUUGCAAAAUGCUCAAAAAGCAUGGAAUCUAAUUUUAAAAAAUGGUCCAGAUGCAGUUGAAAAUGAGAUAUCAGACAUGCAUAGUAAAUUUAAAGGAAACAAGUCAUUAUCUUCACCUUUGGAUAUAUUGUGGGCGAAUAAAAAUAAUUCUUCUCCACUUACAUUAACUGCUGCUCCACCAGUAUUUACUUCUGAACUAGUUAAAGCAUCUGCAUCAGCAUUAUCGGUCGAGUCUUCAACACCUUUAAUAUCAUGUACCGGGUCAAAUACACAAAGUACAAUUCAUAGAGAAGGUUUCAAGCAGCAAAGUGUUCAAAAUGAAUUGAACACAGUUAAUGAACAAAUAACAUCAUUAACCAGUUUAAAAUCAACAGUUUUUUGGAGAUCUGAUAAUUGUAAAGAAUUAAAUGGUUUAAUGAAAUCUCGAUCUAAAUUAAAAUGCUCAAUAAAUCGUUUGAAAACGAAUCAAGCAGCUCAAUGCAGAAUGAGAAAAAAUCGUCGUUUGCGUAUGACUCGUCUACUUGAUAAUCAUCCUGAAAUAGCUGAAGAAAUUACAUCAAUCAUUCGUCAUACAUCAGGCAAACCUAGUUUAGAAGAAUCUCAGUGCGGUUUACUAGGUGCUAUUAUGGAUAUCGCUAAUUCUGUUGUAGUUGCUGCGGACAGUCGCCGUCGCACUGAUGCUAUUCAAUCAUGUUUAACAUUAGAUUCAUUGAAAGAACAGUUCAAUGUCAGAGGAUAUCAACUAAGUCGAACAUCGACGUACUAUCGUCAAGAUGACAAAUGCCGUAUUCCAUUGGGAAUAUCUGCUGCACACAAACAAGCACCUUUUAUCAUGAGUAUGAAAAUACAAAUAAAACUUCCUGAUCAUGAUUUUGUAAUAGCUACAAAGCACAAAUUAAUACCAAGUGUAUAUGGUGCCUGUAUAAUCAAUGAUGAACGUGUAUCAUAUAGUGGCCCAACGUUUGCAGCAAUUCGAUCUGGUAAACAUGAUCAUAGUAGUGCUAUGGCACAUGCAAAUGAUUUCGACACACUCGUACAAUUACCUAAAUUUGAAAUAGUUACUUUAUCGAAUGGAACAGUAAAACCAGUUGUCAUUUUAUCUGUUGACGGUGGAGAAGCAUUAUCACGAAUUUGGUCUCAGCUGAAAAUUGAUAGUCAUCCGGUUGUAUCUCGAUACAUUAAACCAUUAAUUGAUAACCCGACAGGUAGUCAAUAUUUAUUACAAGUUGUUCGUUGUAAUAAGAAAAAGUGUUCCAAACCGUGGCGGUCGUAUUAUUUUCAAAUACUGAAUCAACGUUUUGUCCCAGCACCUGUUGCCUAUCAAGUAUCAAAAUUAGGUCGAGUUCCAUCACGGUUCGACGAAAAUAAUUCGAAUUUUUUAAAUUUAUUUGAACGUCUACAUUUACAAAAUUGUUUUAAACACAAGUUAAUGCUGAACUUUUUACCAUUUGAUCGUUAUUGUUUAUCAUUACAACAGAAUAUUCAACCACCAUUGUGUGCCAUAUGUGGUUCAUAUUUUUCAUCAAUAGCAUCAAUCAAGAGACAUAAAAUUUUGCAUUCCAAUCGAUGCAAAAAGAAAGAAAUGCUCAUUAGUUAUAAUGAUGAUGAUGAUCCAGACAAAACUGAAUUGACAAUGAAUUCGAAUGAUCAUUAUCAACAAGAACAAGUAGAUAAUAAUUCAGCACCUAUUAUAAUGAAUAUAUUUGACUUUUUUAAAUCAGAUUUUGAACAAGUUAAAGAAAAUGAAGGUCAGUAUCCAUGUAAUUAG